UAAACAUUGCUGCUGGCGGCAAGGCGCGGCGGGGAAACUCAGUGAGAUUGAAUAGAGUACGUGUUUUUAAUAUGACCCAGGCACUAAGGUACCUGACCUGUUGUAUCCAUCCCAGAGUGCCCACUAAAGAGGGGCAAACUCUUGAUUUUGUUGUUAUUCGUAGUGAUUCCCUCGUUGCACACUUGCACAUCCUCUGUAGCAAGAGCACAUGCGAGCAGCUUUGCGUCUAAACCGAUACUUGACAGAAUCUCGAAUCCAGCAAGAAAAGAAAUCAUAGUAUCGCAACAUACCGAUCAUUCGUAAUCCUACAAUGUCGAGCACCGACGCCACCAAGCCCGUCGAGGCUGGCAAGCCCGAUGAGACCAAGCCAGUCACCUCGGAUGCCGUCUUCUCCAUGUUUGGAGGCGGCGCAAAGAAGGAGAAAAAGGAGGAUGAGGACCGUGGUGAUGUUUCUGGCAGUGCCAAGGCCCAACGUGAAGCUGCUGCCGCCGCUGCCGCCGCGGCUGGCGACGAUGACGACCAAGCCCCCGAGUCCGAGGAUGUCCACUUCGAACCCGUCAUUCGCCUCACGGAGAAGGUCGAGGUCAAGACCAACGAGGAGUCAGAAGAGCAACUUUUCAAGAUGCGCGCGAAACUGUUCAAGUUUGUGAAGGACACCAGCGAGUGGAAGGAGCGCGGCACUGGCGACGUCAGGCUGCUGAAGCACCGCGAGAACGGCAAGACUCGUCUUGUCAUGCGCCGUGACAAGACCCUCAAGGUCUGCGCUAACCACUACAUCAUUCCCGAGAUGAAGCUUUCGCCCAACGUUGGCUCUGACAGGAGCUGGGUGUGGAAUGCUGCUGCCGAUGUCAGCGAGGGCGAGCCCGAGGGCGUGACCCUGGCCAUCCGCUUUGCAAACUCUGAAAACGCCAACUCCUUCAAGGAUGCUUUCCUUCAGGCUCAGAAGGACAACGCGGCUUUGUUCGGCAAGUCAGAGGCCGAGACUGCGGCUCCUGCGGCGGAGGAGAAGAAGGAGGAGGCCAAGACCGAGGACAAGCCUGCAGAGGCGUCAUGAACUCGCUAACCUGCGUCCUUUGAAGCGUGCCCAUCAUCAUAAUGGUUACUAGCUUGCUCGGAUCAUUUGACUCGCCACAACAGGGAGCCUCGAGUCUUUAUGUUAUACUGAAAGCGCAUCAAGGGCAAAUUGCCCUGUCCGCCAGCACCCCAUAAGACACAUCACCCACCAAGAAUAACAAUCACUACCCGACCCCAUAGUUUAUAGGCCGUCAGCCUUAGAACACUAGGUGUAUUUCACCUUACCUGCUGCUUCGCGAGGCUGUCAAGUGAUGGCUUGGCCUGCGGUUGCCUAUCCCCUAAAACAAUAAAAGCCAGUCAAAAUAAUCAAGGACUUCGAGAUUCACGUUGUCGGCAUGAUUUGAUUUCAAGUUCAAUUUAUAUCCGAUGAAGGGUCGAACAGUGCCUUGAGUAUUGUGAGAUGCGUGGAUAUUG